CCGAUUCGAGGGGGACUCAAACCAGUCCGUCUGGUGACUUUCGAGUGAGCGGUCGCGGUGUGGGAUUGGCUUUUGCUCUCCGUUUGGGCCCUGUUUGUGCGGCUUAGUUUCUUUGGUUGAUGAGGUGUUCGAUUCAUGCAGCCUAGUGUCCGAGGAAGGCCUGUGGAAGGCUUGGCGCGAUUUUCUGUGGUUUUUUAUUUUGUUUUCGAUUGGGCUAUUAUUUAUACUGAGGCCGAUUGACGGUGAUAUUAGAGUUGGAUAACCUACAAGUGCGGUUUUUAUUUGUGAAACUGAUACGGGUAAUUGGGUGUGAUGUUCUACAUUUUGGGUGGCAGUGCUAGCCUUAGGAGCUGUGUGACACGAUGACGUUCAGGAUUAAUAACCUUCGAAGAGAACGUGCCCGUUCAGUUGGAAUAAUUGAUUAGAAGUAACCUCGACAGGAUGGAUGCUUCAAAACCUGGCCGCACCGAAUUGUAAGUGGUUGAUUUUUUUUUGGUUUUUGGCCAACGGCCAGACCUAGCCAGCAGAAGUGGUCGGAAAACGAAAAGUUGUGUACAUUUAAGAAGACGUCGAAGGAGAACGAGUUGUGAAACAUCUGAAAUAAACUGUGAGUUAACGUCUAAUGUGUCUCGAAGCAGCUAAAGAAAAAUACAAAAACAAGUGAAGAAUCGGUAGCUGUACAAUAUAACAGUGAUCACCAGACCUGCACUUUGGAUAAGGAAUCCCUCUUAAAUAAUGCGGCCCAGCAUCGGCCACCAUGUUUAUCUCUGAUGGGUAGUGACUUCAAUACGUGCCGAACCAGAAGCCCCUCCACCCUUCGUUCGAUUGAAAAAGGUAUUAGCAUAGUAGUGAAUGCCGCCACACGGUGGCCAUGCCAAAUAUGCUAAUCACUAUCGACAACUCCAUAAAUCAAUCCCCCGAGAACAGACGGAGUGUACUGGGGUUGAAACAUGUGAUGCUGUACAGAACACCCGCUUUCAAGAAUCUGCAAAAACUCUACAACACAAGAAUGGAAAGUUAGGAAACACACAACGUUGUCUCAUCAACGCAACGUUACACUUCAAAUAGGUGUGAUGUAACCGAAUUCCCCCAAAAAAAACGGAUGGAAGUUCAAGUGAAGCAAUUUACUUUUAAGCGCAAAAGUUCGUUGUGCUUUGAAUAAGUGAAGAGUAGAAAAAAAAUCGCAACAAUCAAAAUAACCGUUUCGAGAAGUGAAGAAAAAACCCUUUCUUGUUCCGUAGUUGAUGUACAGCAGUUUAGCUGAUUCUGUUUUUUUUUCUCCCGUCUUAACCGCAACCGCUGCUCUUCGAAUGAAGUGGCGUUUGGAAGCUCAUCUUGUGCGGCGUUAAAAAGUUCAACGUAUAACGAUCAAUUGUGUGUUAAUAACCCGAUUAACUAACAACUCGACUUGCAUUGCCGCCGAUCAACUUGCACAACUACUGGUAGCAGAAGGGUCCAAAAAUGUGACCUCCAAAACAACCCAACGACGAAGACGACAACCACGACGCCAGCAAAUAAGCACUAAAAUACAAACUUCUUUCGCCGAAAAGUGCAUUCUCGGAACUGCAUCGCGUUGCAAGCCGCCCUGGAAAGGUACGAAAACAUGUGCGAUUUGUGGCAAACCCAAUGAAGACAGCAACAAAAAACCUAAAACACAAACUUUAAAAACCAAAACGUGCUUUGAGAAACUGGUCGCGAAAUCAACGGCGAGAUAGAGAGACAGUGAAAAAAGUGGCAAAACCGGAGUUUCGUUAGCUAGCCGAAAUAACAACAACUUGUGGGGAAGAAAAGGGUGGUUUGAAGAAAACUGUUCAAGUUUGUUGCCAAGAAGCUGGAAGAACUUCACUUCCACUCACACAUUUAGGGAGCACCACGGGUCAAAAACUGAAAGAAGAACUGCACUGCAUCAACGAUCGUUGGAAUGGAAUUUUUCCCUGUGCGCGAAAUAUCCGCGAAUGCUCAUGUGCAUGUGAAAGCUUGAAUGGUUUACGGGACCAAAAGCUUGUGAGAAGUUGUUCGGUCAGAAGGGGACCUUCUGGAAGAUCAUCAUUUUUUUUGUUGUUGUUGUGACUGUAGAACAGAAACGGUUGCAUCUUCGGAGUUUGAAGUGUUUCUGUGGGCUACAUUUAGGACCUCGAUCCAAAGUUGUUUUUUUUUCGAAAAUUCAAAAAUCAAUGAAGAUUGACCAUUGCGAAACGUCGAAUUCUCGGGCUGAUUUAUAUGCAUGUUGCCGUGCUUGGGGAAUCAAAAUCCAAUUCAGUAGGUAAUUCCUCUAAGAGAUAUGUAUGAAGUUUAACCGGUUCGACCGACCACGGCCAUUGAUGGUAUUGGUGGAAAUCGAUCCCGACCAACUGGUUCUAGAUCGGUGUUGUUUGUACCUUUUAAGUAUAGGAUCGUUCCAUGCGAGUCCCGUACAGGCCCUGUGUUAUAAAGCUUGCUGAAACUUGUUGAACUAAACUGGAGGCGCAUCAGCAGCCCCAGAUCUUGUGUCUCAUCCCAUAAAUUCCGCGGUGGGCAGACAGGAACACCGUCGUUGGCUACCCACGGAAGAUUCGAAACUGGCCAGCUUGAUAUCCGAAAACUAAAAACAGGUGAAAUUACCCUUAACAAACAGCUGUCCACAGCGCAAAAUAUCAGACCGGAGAGGACCGGGAAAAGUUCAUCUCCCUGCAACACCUAAAAACAAAACGAAAAAGAAAACAAGGAAGCAAGAAAAGAAAGUGCUCUGAAAGUUAACUCUUACUAAACAGAUUGGAGAAGCUGCAUCACCCGGGGUAUCACAUCUUUCAGCAGCUAAAAGUGCGCGCGGUGUGUUCAAGUUACCUUUCCGGUUGCUUCGUAUAAUUGUGAAUGGUUUUUUUGUUUUGCUGCGUCUCCCAAACGAAUUUGAAUGCUGUCGCCGUCCCAGACUAAGCGCAAAGACACAAUCCGAGAAACGGAUCCAUCCAACAACAGCAACAACCCGUGUGGGGGUGCCCGGUCGAGAAAUUAAUAAUUUUGUUUUUAACAACCGGACUUGGCAAAUCUUAAUUCAACUGCUUAAGAUCGAUCUUCUUCCCCCGGAGAAUCAAACAACGAUCUGGUGAACAUAAAAACGAAAAAAGGCGAUACAUCGAGAGCCGGACGCAGCAAUUAACCUGGCCGUUCCCGUGGGGGGCUGGAUUCACGACAAAUACGCGUUGAAUCUGAGCCGACUCGUCGCGUAAUUGUGCUCGCUGCAUGCCUACGACGAAUACUGCUGUCGAUGAUGACGAUGAUGAUGCACAUGCGCUAGUGAGCCGGUAUCGCUAUCGCAAAGAGAAAGAGAGAUAGCGAAUAAAAAAAGUGCAUCGAAAGCAAAACGUUGCAGCUGUAAUAACAGUGCCACUCCGAGGGCACGAGCAACAGCACCUGGAAGCCUUCCGGAGUUGCAGGUUAUUUUACGGCGUCGAUCCUAUCGCUCGGUACUACACGAAAGAAGUCUUAUUAAAGCUUAUUAUUUACCAAGAGGCAGCUACCGCCUGUAUUCCGCCCUCUCGGUCCGCGUCGUGUUCUCGCUUCAAACCCGUGAAAGUAUACGCCCGGCACGUAGAGUGAAAUCGAACGUUCCAAGUAAUUGGGUGACCUAGAAAGCCCCAGCUACGAUCCCCAUUAAUCAUCUCUUAACCAGGGGGCCUUGAUAAGUGUUGACUGAGCUGAGCAGCUACUGAGCCUCUCUCGUCCGUCAGCUGUUCUUAUGUUGGUUCCUCGAGGACGUGUCUGCUGCCUCCUCGGGACCGGUUGUUUCAACAAAUCCGUACCUUCGUCUGCUGCCACCGUGCGAGGCUUGCCUUUGAUUGAGGGUGGCCAAGAUGAGUACGAUGUCUCCGGGAACGCCGAAAAAAUGUCGACUGAUCCUGCAGCAGUGCCUGGCCAUACAGCUGACCAAGCCGGGCAAUCCGCCAGAGGACUUUUGGAUGUACGAUAGCGGCUACACGAUAUUUCAGAACUUCCUCUCGGCCAAUCUGCAGUGCUGGUGGAAUGCCCCACUGGCCGCGGCAACGAAAGUGCUGCGCUAUCUCGGUCACAUCUCGCCCGGAAUGCUGCUGAUAACGGCCGAACCGUGUGCCUUGGAGAUCAUUCGCAGUGCCUACGCUCGAAGCGUUCUCAAACCACCCGCCACCUAUCUGAUCAACUCCGUAGGUGACAUUGACGAUUGCAUCGUGACGCCGAUCGUGCAAACUCAAUUCACACCGCUCACCGAGGCACUUUGUGACGUCAUCAUGGAGCUCACCACCCAGGGUCAGUCGGCCACGAUCGAGAACAUCCGGACCCGGCUUCGAACGAGGUUUACACAUAUGCAGCAACCUUCGGUGGAGGUCAUCUACGAUACGCUUGUGCAGCUGAUGCAGGAAUUUAAGAUCUAUCAAACCUCGAAGGGCUACUUCAUCGUCACACCAGAGAAACGACGUAGCAAAUCAAAAACUCCCAACGAAUAUGGUUUCGCAAGCGACGAACCCUCGCCUCCACAGAAGGAAUCGAAGACGAUGUUGAUGAGCAGUCACGAAGCCCUGAGCAGCCUGUACGGUGAGAUUACAACCGAACGUGAUGGCGAUCAAACGCACCAGUGCAUCCAGACGAAUUUGGCCGAUGUCAUCUGCGGUGGAAAUCCCAACGACAAGAUCCUUUACCCUCGAACCAGCAUGGGUGGCAAACAGCGAAGUUCUUCCUUAGCCGGAAGUCACAAAACGCUCGAACGACGCCACAGUUUGCGAAUAUUCGGUUCAUCCAAACGACUGCAACGGUCCGCUUCGACCAGAAGCCUGUCCAAAAACUACUCUCAAUCGGUAGCCAAGGACAACGCCUCGUCGGUGGUCACCAGCUCCAGCUCCGAAAAUCAAUCCAAUUGUGAUACGAAAAAACAAGCUUCUUCCCAAUCCCUACUUUCGAGGAUCUUCAGGCGAAGCACACGAUCGAAAAGUAAAUCGAAGCAGAUCGAAACCUACUCUGCACAGUUCCCACCACCGGAAUGGUUCAACUCUAAAACCACACAUCUGCACAGUGUCGGAACACAAACGAUGGACUAUAUGGACAUUCCUAUCAAAUCGCGCCUUAUGAACUCCACCUUCUACGAUAGUUCGGACGUCAGUCAACGCUCGCUAUCGUUGCCAAGGCGAAGGCACCACCGGCGAAAUCUGUCCAGCGAAUCGACCUUCUUCAUAUCCUCCCGGGACUGUUCUCCCAUUCGCCGAGGCAAAUCCCCGUCCUACUAUUGUGGCAGUUUGCCGCGAUCAAUUCACUCAACCCCGGCCAGCUCAGGAUACUACAAGUCUUCCCGCAGCAAACAGCUUUCGUCUACCGAUAAAUUGCACAGCAACAGUCAGAACAAGAUCGAAAGCAAAACUAGUCGAGUAGGUAGUGGUCCGUCCAGUAUCGACAGUGGUAAAAUGACCUACAUAACCUCGGGACCCUCGAGCUUUGACAGUGAAAAGCUGUCCUCAACCAGGACCAGUACUCAUUCAAGUUUGGAAUCACACGUAUCAGCAUCGACAGUUACCACCACGAUACAGCAAACUACUUCGUCCAGUUACUUCAUAGCCAACGAUACGAGACCAGCUUACGUGAGCUCGGGUACUUCGAAGGACAAACCUCCAACCACAGUGACCACCACAACGACAAACGGUGGUACAUCGAAGAGCAAUAACUACAAAGGGUUCGAAACCACGUUCAGUUACAACAAUCAAGCCAUCAACGCAAGCCCAAACCACCAUAGCAAUAGUAACACUAGUAAUAGUAGUAGUAGCAGCAGCAGCAGCAGCAGUAAUGGUAGUAAUACCAACAACAGUAAUAGUCUAGUUAAAAAUUCACUUAAUGCACUAUGUAACGAAGCCAUCACGAAUCACGGACUGAUGGGCAGUCCCAAUAACCCCAAUAUUUAUAGGCUGGAAUCGGAGGCGCCACUAGCCACCCAUGAGAUCGAUUUUUGUUCGCGAACCAACGAUCAUUUAACUGUCUUGAAUGAUACACUUUUAAAUUUUAAACUUAACUCGGAAGCCCCAAGCGAGCUUAACGAACUGAACAGGUACAAUAAGAAUAUCAACAAACAGGAAAAUACACCCAUGAACAAUAGCAAAACGUUGCCAUCGACGCCUCCAGUACAACCGGCCAAUUUUUUCUAUAAAAACGUCCUCAAAAACAUUCAGCACGACUCUAAGAACAUCUGCGGCGAUCUCGCCACCGAUAAAGACCUAACGCAAUCGCUCAGUGCCAACGAUCAUCACCAAUCAAAUCUGCGCCGCUCAAGUUCGGAAAUCAAGAAGCUCAAUUCGAACGCAGAACACAAACAUCAACCUUCUUCACCGGAAAAGAUCAGCGGCCUUAUCGUCAUGAAAAAGAGUCUAUCGGUGUCCAGCGAGCCCAAUCUCGCUAAUCAACUGCAACAGGAAACCAACAGCAAAAUAACAAUUGUUGUAAAAGAUUCGGACAAGCCGAACAACUCCGAUCGUCGAUUCUCGUUUCAGAACAAGGAUGAUCAGAUGAUUGAAGAAAUGUACGACUUUCCCAGUUUAACCGAUCUGAGCUUCAACUUUACCUCGCUGGCAGCCCAAAAGAUACUCCAGGGCGAUGCCAGUCUGAACAGUAUCGACACAUUGGUUGAACUCAACAUCAACCAGGAAAAGCAGCAAACCAUCAUGAAGCUGAAGAAUGACGCCUCCAGGAUCAUGGCGACACAGGAUGUUUCGGAUUCGAGCAAGGUUGUGACUGAAUUCGGAAUUGUGUAAUUUUGAGGACGGUACAGCGUAAAUCCACAUUGAGAAAAUUGUACAUUAAACAAAAGCAUAAGUGCCAAUAUUUUAAUGAUUGCAAGUACGUUGUAUUUGUAGCUCUUGCUACCUAAUAAGUAUUAUAUGCUGCUAUUAUAUAGUUUAAUUUGUUAAAUAAUUGUAAAAUAAACAACCAAGUAACGGACUAAACUGUAGAGCUUUUAUCUAUAGGGAAAACACCAAACGGAUUCUCUAUUGAAAAUUUUAAAUAUUUUUUUUUUUGUAAAACAAAUACCGAAACAUACAAAUCAUACGAACGCAAGUAUACUCUACUGUGGUAUCAUUCAAAUAAAUAUUACAAGUUAGCAAACCAAUUGUAACUUUCACAAAUUUGUACAAUCCAAUUCCACAACCUAUUAUGGAAUAAUA